AGUCGGAGGGUGACGACUUGUUUUGCCGUUGGCUCUCUCUGUAUCCUCCACACACGUGAGCGUGGGGCGGAAGACGGAGGAGCCUCCCUGUCGGCCUUCAGGAGGGGCUGAAGGUGACUCUCCGCUCGGCUGGGAUGCGGAGGGAGCUGGGGGAUCUUUUCUGAUCCUGUUCCGGGGAACAGUCACGCACCGCUGCGGGAGGGGGCUUUAGGCAUUAACCAGGGGGAAAAAAAAGAAAAGCCCACACCCAGCAGCGUCUGCGUGUCGUCUUCUUCUCCACAGAGGACACAGCAGCCACCAGAAAAGAGAGGGCAUCCCUCGCUGCGUCUGGCUCGGCUCCGGUGGUGGGUGUGCAUGCAUGUGUUCUGCACCGUACGGGCGGAAAAAACGCCCAAGAUCCACAGGGAGCAUCUUUCCGCUCGGUAAAGCGGCGCAGACGGAGACGGAUCGCCGGGAGAGCACUGAGGGGGCUGUGGACGACAGCAGGAUGACUGUGCAGGAAUUCAACACCCUCGUAGCGCUGUACCGGGAGCAGGUCAUCUCCGUCGGGGAGAUCUCCGCCGACUGUCCUUCUCUGCGGGCUCAGAUGCACCACACACGGUCCAAAGGAUGCUCCAUGGCCCGGGCUGCGCACCAGGACCUCGCCGUCAUCUCUGUUUCGGGUCCAGAGGACGGGGAGAUCCAUCCCGAGAUCUGUCGGCUCUUCAUCCAGCUGCAGUGCUGCCUGGAGAUGUUCAUAACGGAGAUGCUCAAGUCGAUGUGCCUGCUGGGGGUGCUGCAGCUACACAGAAAAAGAACAGACUCGGAGCCAAAGGUGGAUUUCAGGCUGGACGAGAGCUCAGAUGUUCCCAUCCUGGAGGACCGAUCCUCCUCUCCCAUCGACUUUCCUCAGGAGCAGUGGCUGGUGGGAAAUGAUAUUGAAAACAUAGAGAGUCCAAAUAUCAAGCAGUUUUUCAGCUGCAUAUCAACCGGUCUGGGCUGUUUCUGCGACCGAUACUCCUGGAGCUCCUGGUCUGCCUGCUCCAGCACCUGCAACCAUGGCACACAGAACAGAGUGAGGCAGUUUCAGCAUGACGAAUAUUUCUGGAAGAGCAGCUGCCUUCAGUUAUGUCAGCGAUACGACAGCAGAGCUUGCAACCAGCACGCCUGUCCAAUCAACUGCCUGCUCACUGAUUUUGGGCCGUGGUCCGACUGCUCGCCCUGUGCCAAGAAACAGUUUCGGACCCGGUCUGUCCAGAGGCCGGCUCAGUUCGGUGGAUCCGACUGCAGCCCCGAGCUGACAGAGGAGAGGCAAUGCUAUCCAUCCACAGAGUGCAGGAUAGAGUCUGUCAACUGCAGGGACAACUUCAAGUGUGAUAACGGGCGCUGCAUUAACUCGACGCUGACAUGCAACAGACAGAACGACUGCGGGGAUAACUCCGAUGAGCGGGACUGUGGCGAGUUCACUGUUGUGUGUCCUGUAGAGAAGAGAGUGGCUCCAGGGUCUGACCUGGUGGGGAAUGGGUUUGAUGUUCUCGCCCAGGAACCGAGGGGAGCAGUGCUGGACAACAUGUUCAUGGGAGGAACCUGCGUCAUUGAGAGGCCUCCAAGCACGUUACUCUACCACCGAGUUCCUUACAACUUUGAAACUUUGAAGAUCAAGGUUGGAGAGCCAGAGGACUUCAACACUGAGCCUCAGCCACUGCGUGCCGAGUCCAUCGAUUUGAAGACCUCCCAAACGACGCCUGGCAGCAGCACGCAAUCUCGAGACUUGUUUUUCUUCCCGAUCUUUUUCUUCAGUGCAUCGUCUAAGUCGCACUCCAGUUCUAAAAAUGAAGCUUUUGAAGCUUCAAAGAAGAAGGACUCCAAGUUUAUCAGAGUGAACCAAGUCCUUCCUGUGUCAACAUUCAAGAUUCGGGACCCGGGGGACCUCGUCCUGUCACAGCCUUUCUUACAGUUCCUCCACGCCCUUCCUCUCGACUACAACUACGCCCUCUACAGGGAAAUCUUUCAGCGCUUCGGGACACACUACUACAGCUCAGGGACACUGGGAGGCCACUAUGAUCUGCUGUACCAGUACAGCAGAGAGGAGCUCAAGAGUUCAGGUGUAACUGAGGAGAGCGCGAUAGACUGCCUGGGCCGAGAGACCACCUGGACUAUCAUCCUCUACACAGAGCACAGGCGUGAAAACCGAUGCUCUGACAACCGGAUGACUCAGAAAUAUGAAGGCUCAUAUGUUCAGGCAUCGGAGAAGUCUUUCUCCAUGGUGAAAGGAGGUCGAGCUAGAGAGGCAGCAGCUCUGGCCUGGGAGAGGCAGGGCGCCACUCCGGAUAAGAUAUCCUUCAAGAACUGGGCAAAGUCUGUCCUCGAAAACCCUGCUGUCGUCGAUUACAAGCUGCUUCCCCUCAUAGAUCUGGUUCGAGGAAUUCCUUGCGCUUCCACAAAGAGGAGGCACCUGAGGAAGGCCCUGCAGCAGUACAUGCAGGAGUUUGAUCCCUGCAAGUGCGCUCCCUGUCCCAACAAUGCCAGGCCUGUUCUGUCCGGCACAGAGUGCAAGUGCGUUUGCCAGACUGGCACCUAUGGAGCCAACUGUGAAAUACGGGCUCCUGAUUAUAUUUCAGAGGCGGUGGAUGGUUUGUGGAGCUGCUGGGGGUCGUGGAGCAGCUGCGGGGCCUCCAUGAAGAGACAUCGGACGAGGCGGUGCAAUAACCCCGCCCCUCUCAAAGGAGGACAGCCCUGCAGUGGUCCAGACAGACAGGAGGAGGCCUGUUACAUCUCCAUCUUCACAAAACAGGAGACCUGUGACAAUGAUGACGACUUCACGAUAGGCUGGAGGGACGAGCUGCCACCUGGUGUGCAGGGAUGUCUGCGGCCAAAGAGCCCUGAGAACAGCUUCCUCCGGAAAGCGAAGCAGUAUUAUACCUUUGGUGAGGACGAGGAGUUUGAGUGUGUCACUGGGUUUGAUCUCGACGGUUUUCAGUACAUCAACUGCCUUCCUGAUGGAAGCUGGAGUCAAAUAAGUGGGAGAUGCAUCAGGAAGAUUUGCCUUCCCCCUGACAUCCCUGAUGACACAAGUCUGUCUCCCAGCAAAGACGAGUACAGAGUGGGUGAAGUGGUGCGUUUGAACUGCAAUGAGGCGGGACUGCAGCCGCUGCCGCGAGGUUCCUACAAGUGUGGUGACAGUCUCACCUGGGAGCCCCCAAUACCUGCUGAACUGCGCUGCACUAAUGAGGAACCAUUUGUUCCUGAUGUUCAGUGUGGUCCAGGACAGAUGCUGCAGAACUCUCGCUGUGUCUGUGUCCCACGAGAGAGCUGCCUUUCACAGCCGGAGAAUCUCUGCAUCCUGAACGUAGACCUCGGCGUCACAGUGUCAAUGUCGCUCUGCUCCUUCCAAGCUGGUCGUUGCCACGGUGACCCGUUGUUUUUCGUCAGCAAAGCUGCGUGCGACGCGGGCACUUUGGACAAAUUGGAGUGGGCCAUGUUUAGAGCCAACAUGUCCUCUAAGAGCUCUGUUCAGGAGCCUUGUGAACUUGACACUUGCUAUGAGUGGGAGACCUGCUCUGUGUUUAAGAAGUGUGAGUGCAGAGCUGCUCGGGAGUGCCCCAGAGUGAAACAGCACAUGUUCUGCAUAAAGCUGACCCGGCUCCAGAGGACUCGCAGCAUGGACCUUUGCUCUAUGGCAGCGCUUAAAUGCUCAAAGUACGAGUUUGAAAUUCUCAAUGAAGGCCAAUGUGAGUCGUGAUGACGCUGUUAAAGCUUUUCUGCUGCAUUAUACUCACCAGCAUGAGUCAUCUAACACUGAAUGUUGUGUUUAAAACUGCAUUCAGCACAUAUAGUUUUAGACCUUGUUGAGCACCACAAACAUAAAUUUAAAGACACAAUAAACAACA